CGCGAUUUUGUUUGUCAUUCUCGUUGCCGGUCGUUUGCGUUUGUGUGUAAAGUAAGCGGCUUCUUGUCCCCCCAACAACAUGAGUUUAAAUUUUGGAGAAAUAGUGGAACCAUCGACCCGUGCCUUCUGGGACGAUUAUGAUGAGGAAGCGGUCGACGAGGAAGCAACACCUUCCAGUUUGGAAUGGAUCUGGUACAGCGAUCAGGAAGAAGCUAACGGAGAUGCGGAGAUGCAAAGAACGCUUCAAGACCCGUUCCAUUUCGUUAUUAUCGAGGGCCAAAAGGUGGCCAGCUUCGUCGGAAAAGUGCUUCUAAAUGGGCAGUGCAAACCGAUUUGUCAGCUAUCAUGCGGCACCGUAAGCGUGUUCCACUUACCCGCCGAAAAGCUGCUACUUUGCGUAUCGGAAGAACUGGACCCGAAUAUGUUCGGUCGGGUCACACAACGGUUGUCCGGCUGGUUGGAUGCGGCGGAAACCGUUUCAACCAUUUCACUUCAACCGGCCGUCCUGUACAAGGGACUUACCGAGCACGAGCAGGAAAAGGUUUGCUUCAUCAAAACACUGACCGCAGGCAGAAACAUGCCGGAUGACAUCGGUCUGCUUGACGCACCGAACGUAAUCACGGGUGUUGCGGCAGGUGUCGCUAGCUAUCGGAAGUUUAACGGAAAGAAGGACGCUGCCGUUUACGGUUGCUAUUUGGACUCGGUUAUGCUGGAUUCGGUGUCUUCGGAACCGAUACUGCGGUUGUUAAAGGCGCUCGGCGUACCGUGUGCCGAUCGUUACGAGCUGAAAUUUAAAACGAGCUCAAACCUUUACCUGUAAAUGCCCGGUAUGGUACGCGGAAAGGGGUUGUUGGUGAUGGGGAUUACCACCGUUUAAUUCAAUAAAAGGCGAACCGUUGUCGUAUGAUUACAACCCGA